AUGGAUAUUGAUGUGGCUGGACCGUGCCGGACUUGGUGUGCUGCUAACGCCCCUGCUGGGCCGGCCGUGCCCCGUCGUGUUUGGCAGGUGGAGUUCGUCCGCUUCGGCCAGGGUCUAAAAGUGGACACGAUUGAGCGCGGCGACGCCCCCACCUCGCUGGCCACUUCCGGCCUCUUCAAGCGCGCGCCCUGGGAGCCCAUGUGCUUCUACCCGGACUUCAGCCAGGAGGUGGUGUGCGGCGACUCGUGGGGCGACUCGCGCCUCAUCGUCGCCAACGAGCAAGGCGUGUUCGUGGUGACCAACGACGAGCACGCGGCCGGCUCGGAGGCGCUGUCGCAGCGCACUAUCAUGGACAAGACGGUCGUCGUGAGGCAGCUGCACGUCGUGGAGGCGCACGGCAUCCUGCUCUUCCGCACGGACAAGAUGGGUCGCGACAACAAGCUGAUGCACGUGUUCCGGCUGUCGGACUUCGAGCAGCCCAGCGAGGCCGAGGCCAAGGCUGAGGCCAAGGCCGUCGGCGUGCCGCUGGGCCGGGCCGAGAUCAAGGAGCACCGGCUCGAGCGCACCCGCGGCUGCCACCUGUACGCCGUGUCGAGGCCCGGCGGCUCGCACCUGCGCGUCGUCGUGGCCAUCAAGAACAAGCUGCUCGUCAUGCAGUGGAGGCACUCGGCCGCCUGGACGGCAUGGUGUCCGGCCUCGGACACGGACACGGUGGAGGGCUUCCAGUACCUCAGAGAGAUCACGGUGGCCGAGUCCCCCUCCCUCAUCACGCUCGUGGACUCGACCCUGGGUGGCUCGGCCGGCGGCGCCGACAACUACAUCUGCGUCGGCUACCGGCACCAGUUCGACCUGGUCGGCGAGCGGUCCGGGGAGGUCGUCAAGCUGCACGCCGUGGAAGGGUCGCGGUCGCACCUCGUGGCCGCCGUCGACCUCUACGAGGACGAGGAGCCCGAGCUGCUGCUCUGCUACAACCACACCUGCCACUUCCAAAAACUUUCGGAGAAUAGGACGACAACCGAGUUCGACUUCCACUGGAACUCUGUUCCGUGUGCAAUCGUUUGUGCGUUUCCCUACAUUAUUGCGUUCACCCAAGACUCUAUGGAGAUACGUCUGGUGAUAAACGGCAACCUGGUGCAGACCAUGGUGAUGCCCAAGCUGACCCUCAUCACAUCCAAGAACGACAUCUUCUUCGCGACCACGGCCCCCGAGUUCUUCCCCUCCCGCACCGAGUGCCUGCACGUGGACCACCGGGACAGCACCAAGGACACCAUGUCGCCGCCCGCAUCACCGCACACAUCCUCGCCCGAGGCGCGUCCGUUCCGGCUGUACCGCAUCCCGCUGCACGUCCUGAGCGGCAUGGUGGCGCCCGUGGACCGGCGGUGUCCGACGCCGUCCCCGGAGCCCCCCGCCAGCGGCUGCCCCAGCGGCUGCCCCAGCGGCUCCGGUUCCCCCGCCGCCGCCACCACCCCCAACUCCAGCAAGGGCGGCCUGGGGGCGGCGG